AAGAGCUCCGUAACCAGGGCGCUUCGGCCCAACUGGACCUAGAGAAGAAUAAGCAGCAUCUACAGCAGCCCACACGCAUGGCGAAACCUCACGCCUCCCUCAUGCAGAACUCACUGCACGCAGUUCAGAACGGGUCCACCAGCAGCGUGGUCACCAUCUCCCAAAUCACACCCAUCCAGAACUGCCUGGCCUACCCUAAAGUGGGCGACUCAGUCAAGCAGAACAACCGCGACAUCAUGGAACUCAAACCUGCCGUGGCCAGUGGUGACCAAGUCGCAAAUCGACUCAAAGUGAAUAACACAGCGCGGACCAAACCCGCAGGAACUGCCCGUGGCUGGAUGAGACUGAAAAACAACAUGGCUGCCCCUGGUUCACCUCCAGAAGAUGAGAGGAGGGAGGGAUUGAACAAUGCGGCUAAAGCCGUGUCCAUGGAGCACAUUUCACCAGAAGUCAAAGUUCAGAUAGAAAGUGUUGAGGAGGUUGGAAAAUCCAGGAAGAAUUCGCUUCGCAAAACGGACUCUUGGGAUAGUGGCUUGACUUACAGCGACCAGAGACUGGAUAGGGUUUCAGAACCACAGAGCCCUGUUCCUGGAGUCGGUGGAGGAGAAGGACCAGCCCAGGAUUUUUACCCCAGUAGCGAGAGCUCAUUCCAGGCCGCGCUGCAGGAGGCAAGGCUGGAGCUGCGGACAGAGAUCCAAGCUCUGAACGGAAGGAUGGCAGUUUUAGAAGAACGGGCUGGACAGAUUCUCAGACUGCUUCUAGAGACUUCAAAACCAACGUCUAGCGAAGACCCAACCCCAAAAAUGCACAGACCCAAACUCAAAGCACAAGGCAGCAUCCCAGUGUCCACACUCAGUACGCCAGACUCUGAAAAGGAUGAGGGUUUGCCAUAGGAAAACAGACUUUGCAUUCAAUAAGCAUUUGAGAGGAAGCAUUUGGCACCUGUAUCUGCAGCUUAUACAGGAAUGCCCAAAAUAGGAGCUUGGUUUGGUUUCUAACUUCUGAUUUCUGAGGAUAAAACUGACAACUGAACAUGUACUUUAUGGGAACAGGAGUUGGUUUCUGGAUCUAAAUAACUGCCAGGAACUCUUAACCCCAUCAGAGUACAGUGGCAUGUACUGAGAAAUACAAAAAUAAGAGGAUUUUUAGUUUUAGUGCUUUUUAAUGUUCAAUCAGCACUUUUUUUGCACACUGAAGUAAUGCAGGAACUAUUGUUUUUCCCUCUUUUUCAGCGCAAGUUUGUAUAUAUAAUGCAUGUCCAGCUGGGUUCUGGCUUGCCAAAAAUGUACAACCCUGAUGACGUCUGUACAAUUGAUAUUUAAAUGCUUGUAUAUUAUGCAGUUAACUGCAUGCAGAUCUAUAUAUUCUCACAGAAUGCUUAUUUUCAAUGUGUAAAUGAAAGAGACUGUUGAUUGUCUUGAUAUCACCAUAAUGUACAUUCAGGUUUUUAACAAAAUGUAGCAUGACAGAUCACUGAGGAAGAAUGUAUUGUGUUUGAAACAUUUACGUAUGCAUGAAUGACUUUAACAGCACUCAAGAACUUUGCCUUAAAGCACCUGAACAUCACUCUUGAGAUAAAGCUGAAGAAAAAAACCCUGCACUGGUUAUCAGUGUUGGACAGGUCUGUCUUUCUAUACAUUUUAACUUACAUGUGCCAGUUUUCAUUUCUGAUUUUUUGGUCAAGGAUUUUGGAGCGUGUAGGAUUUUAUGCCCUUCAUUUAUGUUCCACUGAAUGUUACUGGGUUUGUUUUAUUUUAUAUAGCAUCAGUAGCAGCUUUUGGGCCUGAAAUGCAGCUUCACCACUGUAUAUAUAUUGACUGUAUAAUAUGCAACCUUAAUAAAAAAUGGUAAAUAAAAAAUUAUAAUU